UUGCGAUCCGCUCCGCUCCGCUCCUCUCCUCUCCGCGGGGCGCCCCUCGCCUCGCCUCCCGCCAGCCCCGCGCAGCCGCCGCCGCCUUCCCCGGCUGGUGCCGACGGUGCCGGGGUAGCGGUGCCCGCGGGCAGCCCCGGGCCCGGCGGGUGGGAGCUGCCGCUGCUGCGACCCCCCCGAGCCUGCGGAGCGGCGCCGAGCGGAGCCGGGGAGGUGAGGAGGGAGGCAGCACCCAACCACAAUCAGCAUAUUGCUGUUAAGUUUCCCUUGGACUAAUAGACUCUGAGGCAGCGUGCUGCAAAUAUUGAACAUCAGAUUGAUACUUCAGUCAUCCUGUCCAUCGCAGUAAGAUGGAGACUUUUGAGAAAAAGAGUGAUCUUGGUUUGCAGACAGAGGUCAACAUGGAACAACCGUUCAGUAUUAGUUCCUUGAAAAAGCUAGUAGCUAUUCCUGACCAUACAGACAUCUCUGUGACCCCAGAAGAGAGAGUACGUGCCUUAAGCAAACUUGGCAGCAAUAUCACAAUCAAUGAAGACAUCACUCCACGUCGUUACUUUAGAUCUGGAGUAGAGAUGGAACGAAUGGCAUCAAUAUACAUGGAGGAGGGAAACCUGGAGAAUGCUUUUGUUUUUUAUAACAAGUUCAUAACCUUGUUUGUGGAAAAACUGCCCAGUCACCGAGACUAUCACCAAUGUGCAGUACCAGAAAAACAAGUUAUUAUUAAGAAACUGAAGGAGGUUGCAUUUCCACGGACAGAUGAACUGAAGAGAGAUCUUUUAAAAAAAUAUAACUUAGAAUAUCAAGAAUACAUGCAAAAUAAAAACAAAUGUAAAACUGAAUUUCUGAAGAAACUAGAACAGCAGAGGCUUAUAGAGGCAGAGAAGAAACGAAUCGCACACAUGCGGCAACAGCAGCUUGAAUCAGAACAGUUUCAAUUCUUUGAGGAUCAACUUAAGAAGCAAGAACUAGCUCGGGAUCAGAAAAUUAAAGACAGCAUGGUUAUGUCUGAACAGAUAGAUGGAAGUAUGCUAUCUUGUAUUUCUGUACCUGAGAACAGUUCCUUAUCUGCCACAUUGCUUGAAAAAAACGAGAAGAGUGGCUCUACUGGACAUUCACCUCCAGUAAACCGGGCCCUAAAGCCAGCAGCUGCUUUAAGUGCUGUUCAGACUCAAUUGGCUGAAGCACUCAGAGGUGUAAUUUUACCCAGGGAUCUCUGUCACAAAUUUCUGCUGCUAGCAGAGGCAAAUACAUUAAGAGGAAUAGAGACAUGUGGAAUUCUCUGUGGAAAACUGACACACAAUGAAUUUACUAUUACCCAUGUAAUAGUGCCAAAGCAAUCUGCAGGACCAGACUACUGUGAUAUGGAGAAUGUGGAAGAACUAUUUGGUAUUCAGGAUCAGUAUGAUCUCCUCACUUUGGGUUGGAUCCAUACACAUCCAACACAAACUGCAUUCUUAUCCAGUGUUGAUCUUCAUACUCAUUGUUCUUACCAGCUAAUGUUACCAGAGGCCAUUGCGAUUGUUUGUUCACCAAAACAUAACGACACUGGCAUCUUCAGACUUACUAAUGCUGGCAUGCUUGAAGUUUCUGCUUGUAAAAAGAAGGGAUUCCAUCCACAUACAAAGGAUCCUAGGUUAUUUAAUCCGUGUACCCACGUGGUUGGAAAAGACAUAAAGAUAAUUGUGCUGGAUCUGAGGUGAUACAGAUGGACAAUAACAAGUUGCUAAACAAGUGGUCAAAAGAGAAAAAUGGCUUCCUGUUUUUCCUACAUUUUCAGAAAUGACUUUUAUAUUUAUACAUUUUAGAUUGAGUGGUUUGAUAUUUAUUGCUUUAGCCUGUUUUGGAGUUAUUUUGUUGCUCUGUCAAGGUGGAGUUCAGUGGCAUUACCCCUGAAUCUGUAAAAGCAUCAUCUCACUAAAACCAACAAUAAAAUGAACUUCAAAUAACAGAAACAAAGUUGAAAUAAGUAAUGCUUCCUUUGUCAUUUGUUAGCAGUAAUUACUCUCUGAGAAUUACAGAUUUUUUAAUAGCUUUUUAAGACUUUCAGCUACUUAAAUCUAUUCACUGUUUCAGUGAAUUUACAUUAUAUGUGGUAGAGACAAACACAUCGGUUCAGCAAUUUUUGUUUUCAUCCUUAUAUAGCUCGUGUUUCUACUAAGUCAUUAAACAGAAAACACAAGUCCUUUACCUGAGUGCUGACCCUCAUAACAUCCUGGAAUAGCAGAGAGGUUUUGGAGUCCCAUGAAAAACUGUCUUCUCCAGCAACCCUCUAGCAGAAACUCCCAUUUGAAAUCAAGUUCUGAUCCUGCAAGGGAUUCCCUGGAUCUGUCUAGAGCUAGAUAAAAAGAUCUAUCUAGAGUUAGAAGGAAGAAUCGUACAAAAAUAUUUGCUCUUACAAGAGUUUAUUUAAUACCUGCUCCAAGAACCUAGAUGACCUAUACUUUAAAUAAUAAGGUUAGUACAAAAACGUUUGGAACGUGCUAACAGUCAGAAGAUGGACAAGAUCUGAAACCCAACAGUUACGCAGUCACAGUAAAUAAC